AUGGGAAGACGAGCAGCAAAUACGAGCACUGCCAAACCCACUGAAAGUGAAACUCCUAGUAAACGUGCUUCCAGAUCUUCAAAUCCUAUUACUUCUCAAGUCAGUUCAGAAUCGCCUAAAAAGGCUGCUGCAACUCCAAAAUCUAAACGAGCUCCUGCUACACCCACAAAAACUCCAAAAAGAAAGACAAAGGCUGCUUCUACUCCAGAAAAACAAGAUGCUAUAGACACUGCAGAUGAUUCUGAGCUCCCUGUUGAUUUGUCAGAUCCCAUUUUAGAGUCUAGUAAAAAUAUAUCAACAGAUUUACAAUCCCAAUCAAUAAAUAUACUUGAAACUACUCAAGCCAUUGAUGAACCGUCAGAAACCUCCAAUCUACCAUCAACAUAUGAAUCCACAAUGGUAUUGGACGACUCGACUCAAACCAUUUCAUCUAGCAUUGAUGACUUGGUUUCUGCUGAUCUUUCAACCGAAAGUAUCCAACCCGAAACAGUUGAGCCAACUCCGAGUACUUUCCAAUCUAUUGUAGAAUCACACACAUCUUCUGUAGCAGAUGAAUCUGUUGGCAGAGGAUUGCAUAAGCGCAAAUCUGUAUCCGAUGACAUGGACAACAAUCCCGAAGCCAAAAAGCGUAGCAAGCGCAUGUUUCAAAUGCUGGUUGGUACUCUGCAAACUGCCAAGAAGGAUCAAGAUACCAACAUGUCGGAAGCAGCCAUUAGACGCCAAACUAUCGAACAACGACUUGCAGAGAAACUCGUCAAGGAAAAGGCAGAGCUGGCAGAUCGCAUAAAGAAAGAACGGGAAGCUGUAAUUGAAAAGCGUCGACUUACAGAACAAAAAAUCAAAGAUAUUUCUGAAGAAAUUAUCGAGUCUCAAAAAAAAUGUUUGGAAAAGUUUAUCUUUACAAAAGCAUCGCCAGGAGUGUAUUUUAUGCCUGCCAAUCAUAACGAUCGUACAAAAAAGGUUCUGGUGUCUGCCAUCACGGUCAAGACCGAGGCUGUAUCUAAUGCUGAUCAACCUUCAAGUCAUACCAGCAUAAUAUCUGUAUAA